GUUCAGAAGGAUCUUCACACCAGCACCUCGCCAAGGCACAUAUGUCCACCCUCCUUGUGCUUCCUGUAAGAUCCCGUUUCCUGUUGGGCGAUAGCCGGAAAGACUAUUCUCAAGAUAUCUCGGACUGUAUCAAUCCAACAAAGCGUCGUGUUGUGGAAGCGAGCGACCGACGCGCCUGUAGAAGUUCGAACACCGUUUGACAAUUUGGACCAGCAAGAAAACCCUCGUAGCAGCCAUGAUAUCCGUGACCGAAAGGGACUUUAUAACGAAAGGGAUCGACUGCGCCAUUAGAGCCGACGGUCGGUCCCGUCUCGACUACCGCGAAUUCAAGCUCGAAACAGGCAUGAUCAACCAAGCCAGCGGCUCAUGCCGGGUUACUUUGGAAGGCGGGACGGAUGUCCUCGUCGGUGUCAAAGUGGAAGUGGGGAGCAUAGAACCCGACCUCACGGACGCAGACGACGACGACGGUGCCCCUGCAGGAGUCGAGGCGGCCGACGAUGUGGAGCAGCAGGCCGGAACAGCGCAUAAAGACCGCGAUAGAGGCCGAAUAGUGUGCAACGUGGACUGCUCGCCUUCGGCGACAAGGGUGUUCGACCCACGCGACGUGGAGAACAUGUGCAAUGAGUACUCCCAAUUCAUGAACAGGGUGUUGAACGGGCCCCAGGGCGGAGUCAACCUGAAGGCACUGUGCAUAAUACCGGGAUCAACAUGUUGGAUCUUGAACAUCGAUGCGCUGGUUUUGGAUUACGGGGGCAAUUUGCUGGAUGCGAUCUUCAUGGCUACUCGUGGCGCGCUGCAUAACACGAGGAUCCCAAAGGCGACUGUUGAGCAGUCUGAUGGACGGGUUGAGUUCGAUAUAGCUGAUGAGGAGACGGAGAUCGUUGAGGGAUGGCAAAACGUGCCGGUCUCGGUUACGCUGAGCAAAAUCGCAUAUCGUCACAUCAUCGAUGCAACACCAUUGGAGGAGCUGUGUGCAUCUGCCCAUCUAACCGUGGCAGUCAACAAGGCAGAAAAUCUUUGUGCGCUGCAAAAGGGAGGAAAGGGAGGUGUGGAGCCAAGUUUGCUUGCUGAGAUGGUUCAGACGGGGAAGCAACAGGGGCAAACGCUAUUGAGGAGGCUAGAUCAGCUUCUUGCCGAGGAAGAGCAAAGGAUAGCGAACGGCGUUGACCCUGUCGGGUUCAGAUAGAAGAGAUGUCCGUGUGAGUGCCGACUUCGUUUUAGCGCACGUAGGAACCCGGCGUCUAUCGACACACCCGUAGCAUUCUUAGUGCACAUAAAGAUGUCUCGGAAACGGAUCCAAAUAUAUAUAUUCGAGAAACAGAUGUAAAUGCA